AGUUGGUAAUCGGUCGGAAGCUAGACCGACGAAAAUUCUGAAGGCUUUUCCGAUGUCUUUAGCGACAGAGAGGUUGUUGAGUUGGAGUUGUGUUAAGGACAUAAGGGAUUUGAGUGCGUCAGAGUAGUUGGAGAAAGUGUAAUUGUUGCCGGAAAUGGAUUGGACCCAAACGACGGCGACUAAACCCAACCAUUUUCUGUUCGGAGAUGGGGAAGAGAUUUGGCUAGCCGUUAUAAUUGAUUUUGGGCUAUAAAAUGUAUAUUGCAAUUUGUGGCUAGCGGCCGAUAUUAGUUUCUGGCGGAUGAUUAUAAAUGAAUUGCUCUAUUAUAAAGUUAUCAUAUGUUGUUCACAAAUUAUCACUAUAUACUUCACAAAUUAAUUAUGUUGGGACCGUGCAUAGGACGAGCUUACCUUACUACUAAUUAGCUAAACUAUAGCUAAUCCUUGCAAUAAGCCUCCAAGUUAGUAUAUGUCGCAGUUCCUUGUUUCCUGCUCCAUUCUCUCUCCCUAUUCUCUGUCAGCUCUCAUUAGUCUCUUCCAGUCCCAUCAAUGGCAACACCAAUGGUUCUCGAUCCAACACCCGCUGCGGAGCUACCGGCAACUCGGCCGUACUCCUCCGUACACGACGUUACCUCCGACGGCGGCGAAGAUGACCUCUAUGGCCGCCUCAAAUCUCUUCAACGACAGCUCGAGUUCAUUGAUAUUCAAGAAGAAUAUGUGAAGGAUGAGCUUAAGAAUCUCAGGCGCGAAAACCUACGAGCUCAGGAAGAGGUCAAGCGGAUCCAAUCGGUGCCGCUCGUAAUCGGCCAGUUCAUGGAGAUGAUUGACCAGAAUAACGCCAUAGUCGGUUCCACUACUGGUUCCAAUUACUACGUCAGGAUACUCAGUACGAUUAAUCGGGAGCUCCUUAAACCCUCGGCUUCUGUUGCUUUGCACCGCCACUCGAAUGCCCUUGUCGAUGUUUUACCUCCUGAGGCAGAUUCCAGUAUUUCGCUGCUUAGCCAAUCGGAGAAGCCUGACGUUACUUACACUGAUAUUGGAGGAUGUGACAUUCAAAAGCAGGAAAUCCGUGAAGCUGUUGAGUUACCUCUGACCCAUCAUGACUUGUACAAGCAGAUUGGUAUAGAUCCACCCCGUGGUGUUUUGCUGUACGGUCCACCAGGUACUGGAAAAACUAUGCUUGCAAAGGCUGUUGCGCAUCACACGACUGCAUCCUUCAUAAGGGUUGUUGGCUCGGAAUUUGUUCAGAAGUACUUGGGUGAGGGCCCACGAAUGGUUCGUGAUGUCUUUCGCCUUGCCAAAGAAAAUGCACCAGCAAUCAUAUUCAUUGAUGAGGUAGAUGCAAUUGCUACUGCUAGGUUUGAUGCUCAGACUGGAGCUGAUAGAGAGGUCCAGCGUAUCCUUAUGGAGUUGCUAAAUCAGAUGGAUGGUUUUGACCAAACUGUUAAUGUGAAAGUUAUUAUGGCUACUAAUAGAGCUGAUACAUUGGACCCUGCACUUCUGCGUCCUGGAAGGCUUGAUCGUAAGAUUGAAUUUCCUUUGCCUGAUAGGCGUCAGAAAAGGCUUGUUUUUCAGGUCUGCACUGCUAAGAUGAACUUAGGUGAUGAGGUCGACUUGGAGGACUAUGUUUCUCGCCCUGACAAAAUUAGUGCUGCUGAGAUUGCUGCAAUAUGUCAAGAAGCGGGUAUGCAUGCUGUGCGCAAGAAUCGAUAUGUCAUUCUUCCCAAGGACUUCGAAAAGGGGUACAGGACGAACGUGAAAAAGCCUGAUACUGAUUUUGAGUUCUACAAGUGAUCUGUGAAAGUGGCCAAGCAAAUCUUUCAGAAAACUUUUAUGCAUGUCCAUGAGGUUUUUAAUCAUCUGGUUGGUUGGUUCUAUGUCCAAAAGUAGUUUUUAUCCUUCUAUUAUAAUCAAUCAUUUGUUAUUUCAGAAAUAGUUUAUAGGCAGCCUAUGGUUUGGCUUUAGGUGCAGAAUUCUUAUAUCUUGAUUCACCUUUCGUCAGGCCUCAACUUAUUCUCAUGGUGUGGAACGGUUGGGUCUUGCCACUUGUGGAUUGCUGUAAUAUGUUCAACUUGUUUUACGUUGCAAUGAUUCCAAUGCUAUUUUUAAUGGUCA